ACUACGUCAAACUUGUCCCCUUCUCCUACAAACUCUCUUCGUCUUCCACAUUUUUAAGUCUCUCUCUAGCUCUCUCUCACUCACUCUCUCCACAUAUAUGUCUCCUAUAAGUCCUCCUGCCAGUGGGGUUGGGCUUGGCUACGGUAUAGCCAUCGCCGUAAGCAUCUUGGUUCUCAUAUCUUUUAUAAUGCUGGCCUCAUACAUCUGCAUAAGGUCAAAAUCUACAGGAAGAGACGAAGCCACUAGUGACGUAGUUCUUGACUUGCCGUCUCCCGCGGCUGAGGUGAAGCUCGGUCUAGACCGGCCAGUGAUAGAGUCAUAUCCAAGGAUAGUGUUGGGAGAUAGCCGGAGAUUACCGAGGCCCAACAACGGCCCAUGUUCGAUAUGUCUAUGUGAUUACGAGGCUAGGGAACCCGUUCGGUGUAUACCGGAAUGUAAUCACUGCUUCCACACUGAUUGUGUUGAUGAGUGGCUCCGGACAAGUGCUACGUGUCCUCUUUGUAGGAACUCACCGGCUCCCUCUAGGCUAGCCACACCCUUAUCCGACUUAGUCCCACUCGCCUUUCAAAUCAGGUGAAAGUUAAAGACCUUUUCUUACUCCCUUGUGUGUUUGAGAUUGAGAAAUGAGUUAAAAUUUGUUAUAUUUUAGGAUUGAAGUUGAAAGCUCAAUAAUAAAGGUCGUAAAAUUUUCUAAUGAUUUGAUAAAAAAUGAUAUCUUAGGAUUUAUUUAUUUGCAUGAAUUUGCGACCUUACGAUGUGACUCUUGGAUCACUCUAGUUGUAAUACCGCGAUCUCGUGAUUCCGGUAUGAUCUUUACUGAGAGAGAUUCCAGAUUUGGUAACUUUGUACCUGUACACUUGGUAGGGUUAUCAUUUAUCAAAUCACAUCUUUGUACAGAUUAUUUAUGUAUGUGCUGUGAUUCUGUGAUCUCCACUUUAAUAUGGGGAUUCGAAUAUGGUUUUCGUUUUUUUGUUUUCUUCAUUUUUCUGUUUUUUUUCUUGAAGUUUUCUUUUAGAUAAG